AUGGCCAAAACGAAGCUGAACAGAGGCGGAACAGGGGCUGGGUCGCACAGCGGGGACGGCAGGCGCGAGCGUGAGGCGGCGGAGCGCGCGGCGUCGCGCGGGCGGCGGUGCGGCAACUCCGGUGCGGCGGUGUCCAAGCAGCUGGUCGCGGCUCCUUCCGGCGACGCUGGACGCUGCUUCUGCUUCUGCUGUUCGGUUCUGUUCGAACCAGAGGAGGGAGAGGGGCGGACGGCCGGACGGCAGCACGGCGGCGGGCUCGGGUUCGCGAGCAGCUCCGGUGCUUGCGGGCGUGCGACGAUGACGGCGAGAGGCGAUGACUGCAGUUCAGUCUUCGUUGGUCUUCGAGACAACGAAGAGAUCCGACAGGGCGAAAAGAUCGGAGAUGAGCUUUUGCAUGCCAUCAAAUCCUCCAAAAUAUAUGUGCCCAUCUUCUCUAGGGACUACGCAUCCAGUGCAUGGUGUCUUCGCGAGCUCGAGCAUAUGGUGGAGUGUUUGGGCAAAGCAAAAGAUAAAAUGAUCCUACCUAUUUUCUAUGAUGUCGAUCCUGACGAUGUGAAGCUCAGAACUCGAUUGUACCUCGAUUCUCUGGAGAAGCACGAGGGGAAGUUCGGCUGCGAUGUUCUGCAGUGGAAGGAGGCUCUGACCGAGGUCGCAAAAAUCAGAGGAUUGAGCUUGAAGAACAGAGGUCAUGGUGAAAUCAUCAAUGCUAUCAUGGACAAGGUUGUGACCAAGCUAAUGAAAAGAAGGAGAAAUCUGCCUGAUUAUUUAGUUGGGAUUCAUGAUCAAGUGGAAGCUAUUGUGGACUUGUUAAACGAAGGUUCUUGUGAUUUCCGUUACCUGGUCAUCCAUGGAAUGGGCGGUAUUGGUAAAACAACACUCGCAAGUGCCGUCUUUAAUCGAAUCUCCAAUCAAUUUGAAGGCUAUAGCUUCCUCUCGGAUGUUCGCGAAUCUGCACAGCGUGGUAGAAUUAUUGACUUGCAAAAGCAGUUGUUGUCAGAAAUUCUCCAAGGUCGAUCUCCAGAGAUCCACAGUUCCAUUGAUGUAGGAAUUAACAUAAUUAGAGAAAGGUUUUGUCAUAAGAAAGUCCUACUUGUUAUUGAUGACGUGGAUAAAUGGGACCAACUCUCUAAACUAGCAGGAAAGAGCGAUUGGUUCGGUCCAGGGAGCAAAAUCAUCAUUACAACGAGGGACAUCAACUUUUUGCCAAUCAAAGAGGAGGAAGAGGGUAGUUUCCAAGCACAUUGUAAAGAAUUUGAAAUCUAUGACAUGAAAGAAAUGGACUCUUAUGAUGCUUUUCAGCUUUUUAGUCAACAUGCCUUAGGGAUGGAUUUCCCACCACCUCACUAUGAAGAUAUCUCACGCAAAAUUACCUACAAAACAGGUGGACUUCCAUUAGCUCUUGAGGUUAUUGGUUCCUCACUUUUCGGCAAAAACAAAACAAUUUGGAAAGACACAUUGAAGAAAUUACAUUCAAUGCCCAAGCAGGAAGUCUUCGUUAAAUUAAAGAUUAGUUAUGAUAUGUUAGAUGAUGCUCAGAGAGAUAUCUUUCUUGACAUUGCAUGUUACUUCAUUGGAAAAGACAGACUCCACCCGUUCUAUAUGUGGAAAGCUUCCGGCUAUUUCCCAAAGACCGAUCUACUUGUCCUUACUCGUAUGUCUUUGAUAAAGAUAGAGGAAGAUGAUACGCUAUGGAUGCAUGACCACCUUAGAGAUCUUGGAAGAGAAAUUAUUCGACUUGAAGACAAUGAUCCCGGAAAGCGUAGCAGGUUGUGGAUGCCCGACAAUGUCUUGAAUGUGGUUCAGCGGAAACAGGUGUCAGAUAAAAUUGUAGCCCUCACACUGACAGGAGACUCCAAAGGGCGGAAUUUCACCAAUGAAGAAUUUUCAAAGUUGCCCAACUUAAGAUUCUUGGAACUAGAGGGUGGGAACUUGGUAGGGGACUUUAAGAAUCUUCUUUCCAAGUUAGCAUGGUUCUCUUGGACUCAUUUCCCUUCAAAAUUAAAAGUGAAGAACUUACGUCUUGAGAAACUAGUCGUGCUCGAGCUUUCAAGAGGUGACUUAGGAGAUUGGGCCGAAUGGGAGCAAUGCAUGGUGAGCAAUAACUUGAAAGUUAUACACAUCAAUGAUGGUGAAAACUUACAUCGGACUCCUGACUUCUCAAAAUUACCUUUCGCAUUAGGUGGUCUAAGAUCCCUCUCAACGCUAUAUAUAGAAUAUAUGAAUGUUGAAGACAUUCAUCAUUCCAUUGGAGAGAUGAUGCAUUUGAAGUAUUUGUCUUUCAAUAAUUGUUUGCUUAGAAAAGUUCCAAACUCCAUUGAAAAAUUAUCAUUGGUUGAAUUGGACUUGUCUAUGACGAAAAUCAUAGAGUUGCCUCAUUGUAUCGGAGAUCUUAAAAAGUUGACAAAGUUGAGUCUUCAAGGGACUCUGAUAAAAAAGCUACCGAACUCAAUAGGAGAGCUAGAGUCCUUGAUUGAGCUAGAUUUGGCGUAUUUGGAUAUCGCAGAAUUACCAACUUGCAUUGGUAAUCUCAAAAAAUUGGAGGGUUUAUAUCUACAAGGGAGUGCAAUAAGAGAGCUAUCAAAGACCAUAGGGAUGUUGGAGAAUCUUAAAGAAUUGGAUGCCUCGCUGUGUGGAAAUCUAGAGGGGGAAAUUCCAAAUGAAAUUGGGGCUUUAUCCUUUUUGAGGAUGCUAAAUCUUUGCCAUAGCCAGAUUAGGAGAUUGCCAACAUCUAUGAAUCAGCUUUCCCAUCUCCAACAACUCAAUUUAAAUCAGUGUGAGGAACUUGAACAAAUUUCGGAGCUCCCCAUGAGUUUGAAAUAUUUGGACUUACCAUCUCAUUUAUUGUGGACCGUCACUAACCUCUCAUACCUAACUAACUUAGUCCAGCUUCGUAUGAGCAGAGGCACUCCUCAACUAUCAGAAUUUGGUGAUGGGGCUCCAAAUAUAGAGUGGAUCAAGGGGUUAUCAAAACUGGAAGAUUUGUCGUUUCAUGUGAAAGAUGUCUUGUUUUCUCUUAACGAUUUGGCUACUCUUUCUCGGCUUCAACAUCUUAAAAUGACUUGGAUCAACCGAUCAUUGAUAGCGCCUCCGUCCAGUCUUAGUUCAUUGGCUUUAUUUAAUCUCAGGUCGCCGGAGGUCAUAUUAGACGAUGUGCGUGGAGAGCAGUUGGAGAAACCCAUUAUUUUGGGGGUGUGGAAUAGUGAAUUGCUUGAGCGGCUAUUGGGUUUUCCGAGUUUAAAGGGGCUCGAAAUUUUGUCAGUGACUUAUUGCCGAGGCUAA